GCUCCGAUUCUAAGAGCAAGUGAAUCAAAAUGUCACAACCGGCAUCCAAAAUAUGGUGUAUCUAUGCCUCUCUCAUCAUUUUCAUUUCAGUGAAAAGGAUUUUAGCUGUUCGAUUAAAUGCUCCGAGAAUUUUGCUCCCUUACAACAGAAACGGAGGACUUCCUUCAAAUUAUACCUUACGAAUACUGGAAGAUGACGCAAAUGAUUGCUACGAAUGGAGUUCAGCGGACAGACAUCUUGUGGAAGUGGAUCCUGUUUCGGAGAGAUUAAAUGAUUGUUCUUAUGCGGCCAUCGUCUCUAUCGUCUCUAGUUCCACAGAAAAGCGAAUAACUAAAGUGAAGGCAAAAGGAAGUACGGGCAUCGAAUUAGAAUGCGAUGUUAUUACAGAUUUUCCAGAUAAAAUCGAACUCGUUUCAACCACUGAUGAACUGGCCGUUGACUCUCCACCUGAAUCACUUACUAUCAUUGCCAAAGACAGAUUUGGACAUCAAUUUGCUAGCAUAAAUGGACUUAAAUUCGAAUGGAAAGUAGAACAAGAAGUGGACAAAUUAAUUGAUUCUUCUAAUAGUAGCGUAGUAAGGUUAAAACCUAUUCCAUUAACUGAUGGAUGGGCUCAAAGAGGACUUCUAGGAUAUUCUGUUUUAAUCGAACCACUUAAUAUUGGUUCAUGUAAAAUUCAAGCUACUACGUUGAAAACAGAAAGUGAGGAGCUGUCCACGCAAGAAGUGAAAAUGCACAUUUCCUCCAACGUCCGAGUCUGUCCUUCUACUACCCUCCGAUUGCUCCCAGGGGGGAGUGUGCGAUUGGCGCUGAUUUACAACAGUAGAAAAGAACUUGAGUACCAGAGAGAUUUUACAGUGAGUAAAGAAGAUUCCAAAAUUGUGGAAUUGGUUGAAGAAGAUGGGGCUGUAGCAAUAACAGGUUCCGAUGAUGGGGAAGCGUAUUUCACGCUUAAAAGUAAUAAUGUUUCAUUUCCUAGCAUCGAUAUGCACGUAGCAGUUGUUAAACCAGCACGCCUAGAAAUCCAUAUAUCCAGAGGAGACUAUAAAGUAUUGGAAGAACACAAGAGUUAUCUUGUUUCAAUUGAAUUGUUUGAUGAGAAUGGGAAAGUAAUAUACCCUUCAGAAAACUUGAAAAUAGCUGUGAGUUUUCCAACUCAAUUGUUUUACAUCAAUUCAACUACAUCUAAUGGUACCUGGUACGUAAUACAGGCCUUGACACCUGGAAAGGGAGUUAUUAGAGCAGAAUUGAAAGGAGUUUAUUUGAAAGAUGGCUCCAUGAAGAAAGAAUACGAGCUUCAGAACUCAGUAACUGUAACAGUGUGCCAAAAAAUUCAGAUUUUCCCACCUUUUAUCCUUUUGCCAUCUGACUCAUUGCGCCAUUCUUCUCAUGAGAUUCGCUUACUAGCAUCUGGUGGAACUGGGCAUUACCACUGGACAACAAAUAACGAGUUGACAGCAACUGUAAAAUACGACAAGGAGAAAAGUCAUGUGGGAUACCUUGAAAUAAAAAAAGAAGGCGAUUUUACUGUGAUCAUAACUGACGAAGAAAAUGUCAAUUUCAUUGCCUCUGCCAAAGUCUCUGUUCAGCCGGUGAUCGAUGUUGAAACCUAUCCAACUGUUGUGGAAGCUGAAAUAGGAAAUGUGUUAAUCUUACCAGUAGCAUUCUUAGCUUAUGAAGACAAAGAGAGGAAGAUCAUAAGGAAAUUUGAUGACUGUUCUAAGGUGGAGUCAGAAGUGGAAAUAAUUGAAAAGCACGUGCUUUCUUAUGACAAAGAACCGCACGUUCCAGCAUUCGGAAAAGGCUGCCGAACCUUGCAGUUUCGUUGUAAAUAUCCAGGGCAUUCUCGCAUCAAUGUAUUUUACGGAUCAGAAAUAGGAAAUACAACUCAUAAAACUACUACUGUGUUGUCUUGUUUUAAAAACUUAAAGCCUAUUCAUCCAGUGCGAGUCGCAGUGAUGCCCCUCGGUGCUUCGAUGGAAGUUGCUUUUGACGGGGGCCCUCGAAAAUGGCCACUCUAUAAGUCAGGACAUUAUCAAAAAUUAGAAGCAAGUAAUCCAGAGCUUUUAGAUAUACAAAUCGUGAUUGAUCCCAUCAGAUAUAAUAAAGAUCUUACAGUUUUCCGAGUUCUUUGUAAAGCUUUAGGAGAAAACACUUUGACAUUUCUCAUAGGCAAUGAACCAUCUGCUACCAAUCCCCAUCCGGCGAAAGCAGAAACAUCUAUAAAGAUCGUGUGUAAUCACCCUCACUCAGUGCACCUCAAACUCACCCAGAAAUCAAGUAAAAAGCUCAAGAAAGAUAAUCUAGUGAAGGUUCCCUUUUAUGGCGAAAAAUUGUUUUCUCUCGACGUUUGGUUGAAAGAUUCUAUGGGUAGGAAAUUGUAUAAUAUUUCUUCAUUACAUAUUCAAUGGAGCCUUUCCGAUUCCUCAAUAGCCGGAGAUCCAGAUUCGAAGAAGAGUUUCACUACUCAUGCGAAUGCAGCGGCAGGAUAUACCAGAAUUUCCAGAGAUUUCAAAGAGCUUAAAAUGACUGGAGGUACUGGAAAAUUAACAGUAACGGCGAAAGUUAUCGGAUAUCGGAAAGAGUUUCUCGAAAAAUUAGGAACACUUGAGACGGACGAGUUAAAAGAAGUUUCUGGCUAUAUUGACUUAGACCUUGUGAGCCUCCGAGAUAUAAAUGAAGAAAUGUAUAAUACAAAUGACAGAGAAAAUCAGGAAGAAGAAACGUGUGAUGGCGAUUCUUGCAAAGAGUGAUAAAUCAAUUCCUAUAAGUAUGAAUGAUGUUCAGUGUGAAUAAUAAUUAUUUAAUAAAGAAUAUUUUAUGACA